AGCCUCAAAGCCCAACCCAAACUCACCGAAAAGGACGGUUGAGGUCCUUGCUCUUGGCUUGUCAGGGGCUAACAGCCUGUCUGUCACUCAAACUGUUAUUCACACAUCCACCUUACUUCUCAGUUCACAACUUAUGACCGUAACAUUAAUCAACACCGUCAAUCUCUCUUCAUCAACCGCGUGAUUCCCGCCAUGGAUCUUCUGCGCUAUGCUUCUCAUUGCUCCACCCGUAGAUUCUUCUUUUGCCUCCAUUCUUCUUCCCCUACACCUCUCCGCCGGCGAUUCUUCACUGUCGAGCGUUCCAUUUCCGAAUGAGAAAGCUAAGUAUCACAGAGAGCUGGAAGCUGCAGUGGAUGUUGUGGAGAGAGCUUGUCGUAUUUGCAUUGACGUAAAAAAAUCACUGUUGUCCAGUGAAGGAGGGAUUCUUGAAAAGAGUGACCAAACUCCUGUUACAGUUGCAGAUUUUGGGGUGCAGGCUCUAGUAAGCUUGGAGCUGAAUAAAUUGUUCCCCUCUAUUCCCUUGGUGGCUGAAGAGGACUCUGCCUUUUUGCGUUCAAAUGAUCUGGUGGGUUCUGUAGUAAGUACAGUUGCUGAUAAGGCAAGCUUUGGUGACAAUCCGUUGACAGAGGCUGAUGUGUUGGAUGCAAUUGACAGAGGAGGGAAGGAUGCUGUUGCCUUUGGAGCUGAGACAGCUGCAUAUUGGGUGUUGGACCCAAUUGAUGGCACACGAGGGUUCCUAAAGGGAAGUGAAGCCUUAUAUGUGGUAGGUUUGGCUCUUGUGGUUCAAGGAGAGAUUGUUUUAGGUGUUAUGGGCUGCCCUAACUGGAAGGAAGACAAAUCUUACAAAUCCACUGCUGAGGUGCAGGGAAACAAGAACAUACCAUCUCAAUCAGGGGUAAUCAUGAUUGCUCAUGUUGGUUGUGGAACAUGGACUAAGAGGUUGCCGGAAAUGUUGGGUACCUCAGCCAAAACAUCUGAUUGUUGGACCAGGUGCUUUGUUGACAGCUGUCAAUUGGUACAGGAAGCAUAUUUCUGUAUUCCAGAGAGUCAAACAUGGAAUUCAUUGCCACUGUCAGCUUUAUUCAAUGCAACAACUGAUGCUGAUAAUAUUGGGGACAAAGAAAUUCUUCUUUUGUGCAAAUGCUGUGGAAGUUUAUGUAAGUAUAUGAUGGUGGCUUCAGGUAGGGCAUCUGUAUUCAUUCUUCGAACAAGAGCCCAAAAACUUAUAAAGGCUUGGGAUCAUGCUGUUGGUAUGAUCUGUGUGCAUGAAGCAGGAGGAAAGGUUACUGACUGGAAAGGGAGUAAACUUGAUCUCAGUGCAGAUCAAGUUCAAAGACGAAUCAUAUUCCCUUCAGGCGGCGUUCUUGUGAGUAAUGGCAACAUACAUAACAGGAUACUGGAGAUGAUCGCUGCCACUUCAUCCAUUAUUUGAUAGCAGGUGCUAUGCGAUCUUCAUGUUUCAUUUAUUUUUGAACAUUUUUUUUUAAUAAUUAUAUAUAUAGGUUUGAGUUCAUUGUACAAUAUUAAAACCGAUAAUUCAGUUCACUUGAAGACAGGGAUAGCGCUAGAUAUUCAUUUAUUCAAAGAUGAUGAAGGGCAUUAAAACUUCCUAUUUUUCUGAGAUCUUAAGAUACUCAGAGAGAUUUUUGUUAAUUAUACUUUAGUAUCUGCUUUUUGGGUGGAUCAGGUAGGUAAAAAUGUGAAAUCAUUCGUGCGUACACAGGACAAUGAUUUUUGUGUGAUAAAAUUUGUUCAGGAACUGUAAAGCAAAGCCAAAGUGAGAUGUUGAGUUGCUGCAAAUUAAGAAAUAUUUUAGAUUACUUCUUUGGCA